AUUAACUAGAAAAGUUCUUGCAAAAAGUUGUGAUAUCAAAAAGUGAAUAUUAAAAAGAAAAAAAAAAAAAUUAAAGGAUAAAAAGUAAUAUUUUAUUGGUUUUUGCGUGAGUGUGCGGAAAUGGGUCGGUCGAGUUCAAAAUUUUUGGAAACACCGAAUAGUCCAUUGCAAGAAAUGCAAUAUCGGGAAACGAAACGGGCACUUCAGAAACGUAAUCAGGAAAAAGAACAAAAGCGUAUAGCAAAGCUGCAGAAAAAGCAAGCAAAGAAAAAUAAAAAAAAGGAUAAAAAGAAAACGAAAAAAAAUAAGAAUCGUGCAUCAUUAACAAAACGUACGAGUGGUGUGGAAAGAUUGAAAAAUCCUGAUUACCAGAUAGAAAAUAAUGAAAUCAAUAAAAGUGAAUUCAAUCGGCAAAUGGAGGAAAAAAUUCAUAUGCAGCUGGAAAAUGAUUUGUGUACUUUUUUGAUGAAUCACAUUUCUUUGGGCACGCAAUUUUUUGGAAACUUCAAUAGUGAAAUGACAAAUACCAUGGAGGAGAUGUUAAGUAAAGAGAAUGCAUAUAAUCAACACCUGGAUGAACAUUCAAUUUUAUUGACAAACCCUAUAGAUGCUAUUGUGGCAAAGUGGGUCAAAUAUAAGCCAACGCAUGGUCCAGACAAACAUCGUGGACAAGUACUACAACCCCAAACAUUGUAUGUAAUAUUUGAAAAUAUUGACAUAGCACGACCCAACGAUGCUAAUUAUGAUUCUAUAUCUGCACUUUGUAAAGUAGAAAUGGAUACAGAUUAUUUCAGGACUACACCAUGCAAAGAAGAUUACGUCGAUAUGUUACGUGAAAUUAAGUGGAAAGGUUAUGUGCGUCUUAAAAUGCGAGAAGAUCCAAAACUUCAAAAAAACCUAAGCAGUAAUGUAGAAGAAUAUUAUACUGAGUGUAGUUCAGGUUAUAGCACUACAAGUGUGUAUAGCACGAAGAAAUUCACUAAUGAAAGAAGAAAAAGUUUCUAUAGCUCAGAUUGUGAUUAUGAUUAUACUUAUAUUACACGUCUAAAUACGAAUUUACCGCUGAACGAACUUCAAUUGAGUAGUUCACGUUCGGCAUUUCAGGUAAAUGAAAAAGUAUUGCCAGAAUCAUGCGUUUCGAGCUUAGAAAAUUUCAUUGAACUAAUUAAUGACCUAGAAUCUGAUGAGGAAAGUGAGGAGGAAGAGUAUGAUGACGAUGAGGAGGAUGGCUACAGUACCACCAGUGAAACUGGUAUGGAAAAAUACAAAGACUACGAGACUUUAGAAGCGAUUCGUUUAUAUAAGAUUGAACAAGAACAUCGCAAAAAAUUGUUGAGACAAAAGUUUUUAAAUUCAAGGGAAUUCUUAUGCUACUUUAGUGCAUUAAUACAACAUAAAUUGAGGGAACCACUUGGUCUUUCACAAGAAGAAUUAACAACAGCAACAUAUCGUGGAUGUUCUAUACACACCGAACAGUUUGAAAUUAUACCUGCAAUUCAUGUAGCACAUAAUGCACAAAAUUGGCCAGAUUGUGCUUUUCAAUUUCGAAUACGAGAUCGACCAGUAUUUACAAAUCCGUCAACAGGACAACAAAUGCAGUGGCCCACGCGAGCUAUGAUCAAACGGAUUGAGACAUUUGGUUUUCAUGUUGUGCCUAUGGGUUAUGUGCCGAAAAGACAACGGAAUCCUUUUAGAGAAAUAGAGUGGAGAAUUGUGUUUCCAAAAGCAGAAAGGUAUUUAGAGCAGCACUUGACGAAUACUCAAGUAAAAGUAUUUAUAAUGGCUAAAGCGCUUAUCAAAACAUUUGUGGAGCAGAGGGAAAAGAAUAAAGCGUUAUUGUUCGUAGUUGAUCAUUUGCGUAUGCACCUCUUUUGGGAAUGUGAACGAAAUUACAUUGCUUGGCCAGAGGAGUUUCUUGGAGAAGUUUUGAUUCGUUUUUUAAAAACUUACAUGCAGAGCUUACGGGAAAAAUGUUUAAGAGACUAUUUUAUUGAUGAACGCAAUUUGCUCGAGAACAUACCCGAUUAUUCACUUAUAACUUUAUAUUCCAUUUUAGCCGAUAUAACUGCCAACCCAUUAAUGCACUUAAUGGUUGCUCUAAGAAAUUUAGAAUUUUCUGAAAAAUUUUUUCCAAAAUUAAAUUUUAAAAGAAUUUUCGAAAAUUUAAGUGAAAAUUAUAUAAUAAAGCUUAAAACGUUAUCAAAAAAUUCGCGCACCCUAUCAAUUUUAGAAAAAGAAGAAGAAGAACCCAGCUUAAUGGUAGAUGAAGGAGCCAAAGGAUUGGUGGGCAUGAAACAAUUUCGCGAAAAAACAAAUGGUAAGUUACGACGAAGAACACAUUUGAUGAGGCAUAAUAUUGAGGUAAAGAAAAAAUUGGAUUACGAACAGAAACGUAUAUCAAUUGAGUCCAUUGAUGUUGAGUUCUUUUUCACAAAGGAUUUAAAAAAUACACAAGCUCGUCAUAUUAAUCAGGGAUUGGAAAGUUUGCGCCGUACUAAUAUACUUGAAGUUCUUUUAGAUCAUUUACUGGCAAUGUCUAAUAAAGCUAUACAUAUGCAAAUAGCGCAUACAGCAAAAAUUUAUAUUGCUCAAGCUAAGAGACUUUGUAAAUGCUAUCACAAAUCUGGUUGUGAUAUCAAUGCAAAGGAGUACUUAUCUGAUAUACACAAAUUAGAGGAAAAACUACUUGAUAUAGAGGAAGCAGAUGAACAUGAAACUCACGCGCCUGCUUUACCAAUACGAGCAAGUAUAGAUACUAUACAAUCUUUUCAAAAGACAAAGGAACAAUUGUUAGAUAGAGUUGAGACUGCUAAAAGUAAUUUUUACGUUGAAGUGAAGUCCGAUUCAGAGAAAAACCGUAGUGGAUUAAUCGAACAUUCGCCAAAAGUGUUACGUCCACGUGUUAGUAUUAUUACUUGCGGUGACGACUCAAUGACAAAACAUUUGCAAAUAAAUGAUAAAUUAAAAUCUCCAAGUCCGAUUGAACCUCGUAAAUCGAUCAAAUUUAUAGAACAUAUAGUAGAAGUACAUGAAGGUGAUAUAAAUCCCAUUCAAAAGCCUGAUGUUCAACAUCCUAUUGGCAUUUUAAGAUCUCAACACAAUUAUAAUAAUUCAAAAGUAUUAGAAGAUAAAGUGGUGGAUGUUUCGAGUACAAUCUCAGAGGAAGAAGUAACUUGUGGAAUUUCUCAAAUACCAACAUUGGAAACAGCAGCAACACCUUUAACAGAUGCAACCAUAACUGAAAAUACAAGUACACCUACAUCCACAACAGCAGAUGGUGUUAGCUCAAAACCAUUUUGGACCAAAUUUGGUACAGCCGCUGGUAUUUUGAAAUCAACGCCAAUCGCCAAUUCGAAGUUAGCUAAGAACAUUUCAACAUCAACGGAAAAAAUUCUAACUACGAUUUCGGCUGAAGAGAAGACGGCUCAAAUACGAGAUAUGGUUAAGCGAAAGACCGUACAACUUAAAGGAGCGUUUAAUCAAAUUUCUGAUACGUAGUUAUAGCUUUGCGGUCCUUAAUUAACUGAUAAUUAGAUUAAUUAGUUGGAAUUUAUUUUGAAAAUUGUUUAAUAGGAAUUUCAUGUAAUUUGUAUGAGAAUUAUUUGAUAUGAAACGUUUCAGUUUUUAUGUGGUUUUUAUUAGUAAAGAAUGAAGUGGUAAUACUGAUAAG